CAAACAACUCAGGAGCGGGUCUGUUCGCGAGCCCAGCCGUUCAGCCCGCCGAACCGGUGCAAUCUGCAAUUAAUUCAACCGCCAGAGCGAGAGCCCUGAGCCCUUAGCCACCCUGAUCCAACACAUAGUGCCGGCACCAUCCAUUUCCCCGUGAGCUAGUCGACGCUUUGGAUACAUAGUGCACUGCAACCAACAGUCUGGUCCGUGGUACGCCCACCAUGUUGGCAAUGUCCUUUGUUCAGCCCCGCUCCCACCGCUCCAGCUGGGCUGGGCCCUAGCAUCCGUCCGUUGGUCUGCCAAAACGCCCUCGACCUGAACUGCAGCCCCUGGAGCUUGUGACUCUCUUGUUUUUUUCAGCAAUGGCACAAAGGACACAAAGCACCGUGAAAGAAACAACAGCAGUAGGGUAGGGGGGUUCCAGAACCAGUCCGAGACCCCGGCGGGCCCUUGAGCCAGGCCUCUUCUUUGCCUUGCCUCAGGGCGGCAUAGUCGGCGGGCCAGGCUGUCAAGGGGGGCCCUUCUCCAUCCCAUGUCGGGCCUGGUCCCGUCUGAUAUCGCCAUCUUGAUGUGAUACUAUGCGGUGCGGCACCGUCAUUAUUGAGCAGAAGCUCGGAUUAUUUCCCCAUCAAUGCCACUGCACCGCUGCCGCCGCUGCCACCCUGCAGAUUUCAGGAGCCUCCGUCAUCGUGCCAAGCUUGGGGAUCCCGACUGGUGCUGCCUUUUUACCUCUGCCCGGCCUUGGAAGCUGUUCCCAAACUCCCCUCACCCCUGACCGGCCGCGGUUGUCAUGGCCCGUCUGGGCCCCUGCUACGGGCCUACGGCAGACCUGGGGAACAGACUCGAACCACCACCACUUUGAGUCGAUUCAUUUAUUUAUUAAAAGUCGGCCGCGACUGCCGUCCACCUUCCAAGUACGCAAUCAAUCAUAGUACGCUCCAUCUGGUCGUUCCUAUCGCUCUUUGGCCCCGUCCAAUCCGUUCUUUAUUAUUACUAUACUCGCCGUCUCCCCACCGUCGCUUGCAUUUUACACACCACCACAGACAGACAGACAGUCUUCACAUCGCACUCUUUGUCGCGUGAUACUCGCAGGGGGCCUCGCGCGAAUCCUUUCUUGAAUCGCAACCUGCACCUCGGCAAGGCACAGCCGUGGAGAAUAGUUGCAUAGACCCUCUCGUGCGAUCUCGACCCUUUCCCCAAGCCAUCCACCACCCGAGAUUCAAUCGCUUGUCGACAUUUACCCCCUUUUGAUCGCCCGCCAGCCGCCCUUACGACCCGGCCGGAGAGACAUCCUCAGCAGCUGCAGCUGUGCCGCCACCGGAAUCUUCGACGGCUUCUUUUUUGUGGCUUGAGACGUGCUGUCACGCUGUCAAGCCGUCAGCUUGUCGGAGAGCUGCAGGAACCGUGCCACAAAGAGAGUCCCCAGGGCUGAGAGGCGGUACGGUAGACCCGUCCUUGUGCAGCUCCCCAGGGCCGGUACGGGGCACGCACAUCGUAUUCCAAUUGUGGAUACUCGGUACACUGGACACUGCACAGAUUCCCCACUCACCGCGGUAUCCACAUAUUGCCUGAGAAUCGCACUUGGCGGUGAAUUCCUGACCCCUACCUCAGCUUCGCCUCUCUUUAAUAAAAGGGGACGAGCACCUACGGACCGGGCGUCUGGCUCUGGAUCUUGGUUCUGGCAUAUCCUUUCUUUCGAAAAACACCCAUCAAUACUCACACGACCACGUUCGUUUCCGUAGCUUUUGGUAGACUCUGCUCAACGGGGGGGAAUGCAUACGAACGCAGCAGCAAUGGCUCCGUACAGCGCAAAGGUGGACACGCCUCGUGAUGUCGAGGAGGAUGAUUUCGAUUUCGAGUACUUUUCCCGUACUUAUAAGCCGCUAUCAAACCUCCCUACCCCUCCUCCGUCAUCGAGAAAUUCGGCUUCCCCAAGCCCCGUUCUCGGCGUGGACAAUGAUGAGUUCGCCGACUCGAGCCUGUUAGGACCUGCAGUGCAUCUCGUCAACCUUCACCCACCAUCAGCGUCGAUCGCAUCACCAUCCGUCUCCCACGUUCAGGCCAUCAUCACCCGCGCCGCCCUCCCUCUCGAAACCAUCGCGCUGGCCGUGUGCAUCCUCGACUCGCUCGACUCGAAAUUCUCCCGCAAAUGGCGCAUGGACUUGCCCCUGGGGUCGGCCCCAUCCAGCAAGCGACACACAAUCUCGGCUGCCUCCAGCCUCGUCACGCACAUCGACCUGGUCAAGCCCGAGCUCAUCAUCCUCACGGCCCUUGUCAUCGCCUUUAAAUUCACCGAGGACUGCCAGGAGCCAACACAGUACUACGCAUCGGACUGGGGCAACAACCAGUGGACAUGCGACCAGAUCAAUGCCACGGAGCGCAACAUCAUGGAGCACCUCGGCUACCGCAUCCUGCCGCUGUUUGAGAAGUCGAUCAUCGAGGACGCGCUGGACGACAUGCGGAGAGCCGGCGAGAUGGCACUGCGGGAGAGGGAGAUCAGCCGGCAGAGGGUGAAGCUGGACGUCGGGCACUCGAGGUCCGUCAGUGUCCCCGUGCGGCCGGGAGGCGGCGACGCCAUGUUCGGCCUGGGCUUCCAGUUGACACCACUCGACACGCCCCCCGAGGAGCGGUCAGUGGAGCUGGGCGCGCCACAGUAGUACAAGGCGUGGGAGCCCCGGUCCCUGGUAUGGCCGGGGCCUAUCCUGGACAGCGCAUCACCAGCAGCGCCACGGCCUGUGGUCUGACGUUGUCCAUGCAUGCACGCGUGCAUUACUGGCAUUGCAUACAUGCCAGCAGCGAGCGGAAUCUGCAAUUUUUGCGACUAGCGAGUCUUAUUGUCAUCACAGCGAGGCGUUGGGAUCAUUGGGAAUUCUUGGAUAUCGAUAUACUAUCUCGUCGGGGAGGAGGCAGUGUUGUUCUCCCCCGUUGCAGGGCACAGUACAGUAGUAGUUUCUAAUAUUAAACCCCAUGUGCUGCGGCACAACCCAAGUACUUACUUUCAGUUGGCCUCAGUCUGACCCGUCUUCAUCGGCCUGGUUGUCGACUGGACUCGUACUAGUCAACCUCCAAAGUGCAUCAAGCCUUUCGAUAUGCCCCUGCUGCCUGCUGUACACCCCAUCAAGUGGCCCGUCACUGAUAGGCUCAAGGCCUAUCGCAUGCCGCUUCUGGUUGAUCUCCCACUUAUACCGCCGAACAUCCGCCUCAACGUCCUCGCCCACGUACAACAUGGCCGUCUCCACCCGCGCGGGCCUCCAGCCCCUCAUCCAGUCCGCAACCGCCUGCUGGGCCCAGUCGAGCCAGUCCUCGGCCGCCUCCAGCCCGACCAGCAGCGCCCCGGCGCCCUCCUCGCCGACCUCGCCCAGGUACUCGAGCUUCUCGCGGUCCUCGGGGCCGAGGGCGCCGCCGAACUUCCUCCUCACCAGCUUCCCGGCCGGGUACGUCAUGACGCGCUUCGACCGGGCCGCGACGAAGUCGAAGCCCCUGCGCGCCGCGGACAGCUGGGCCUCCUCGGCGUCCCGGAGCGCCGCCGUCAGGUCCCCGAGCUGCGCGCCCACGGCGGUCGGGAACUCGCACGUCUCCCUGAGGUGGCCCACGACCAGGCCGCGGCGGUGCUUGCACACGGCGAUGUAUACCUCCUGUAGUAUCACACGUGGUCAAUCUCCGGCAACACUCUCACGCCCAGGGUCCACUUACGAGCUCACGGAGCAGCUUGUCCAUCCGCUCCAGGUCCCCCGGCUGCGGGUGCUCGCCCACAAGCCCGCCAAACAACCUCAGCGCGUCCUGGUUGAACAGGAACGCGGCCCACGACAGGUCCAGCCGCGGCUGCACGCCCUCGAGGUCAGCGAGCGCCUGCUCGCGGGACGCAUCCCCGUCCACGGCGGGGGAUGUCCGCACCACACCGUCGUCGGUCCUCCUCCUCUUCGGCGGCGGCUCCGGAGGCUCAUCCAGCUCCUCGAACAGGCCCCGCCGCAGCCCCGUGCUGGCGCGGAUGCUGCUGGGGGACAGGGGGCCUCUCCCCUCCUCCUCGGCGAACCUGAGCAACGCCCGCAGCCGCGCGUGGCCGUCCCUCCGUUCCUGCCGCCGGGCGCCCGCCACGCCGGACCAGUGCCGCAGGG